CCUUUCCAAAUCGAUUAGUGUUGAACAACCUUCCACUUCCUUCCAGUGCUUCUUCUUCGUUCUUUCACUUCACUUCAGACUCCGUUUUCCUUUUUUUCAUUUGCUCCGCUUUUUGGGGAAUCUUCUGAAUCUCGCUUCCAUCUCUGAUGCGUCGUCUCUACUUCCCUGUUUCCUCAUGUAUGUCUGCGAUUUACGACUUCCUUCUGUGCAAUAGAUCUUCACUCGAAGAAAAAACCUAAGGUACCAUGUCAUCUAUGAUUUCACGUUUCCACUGAAACAGAGAGAUCGAUAGAGGGGAAAGAAAUAAAAAUUACAAAUCAAUUUUUUGUGCUUGUCUGUUCGAUUGUUGCUAACGAAGAAGGUAGAUGAAGAAAGGGAUCGAGAAAUAGAGAUCAAGAGGAGAAUGAAGGCAGCGGCUUCGCUGUUGCUGCUUUUCCAGGUUCUAUUGCAGUGAAACUGCAGCUGCCGGUAGGGGUGGCUACUGGUGGUAGUGGCGGCAGUAUACGGUGAGUGACAAAAUGUGUAUAUCAGUGUUUCUAUGGCAAGCUCAUCCACUCUACCCGUUUCUUCUAUUGCUCAAUCGAGAUGAAUAUCAUAUACGACCAACGGAGCCACUGCAUUGGUGGGAAGGUGGAAAAAUAUUGGGUGGCAGAGAUGUGACAGCCGGCGGAACAUGGUUGGCCUCUAGCGGAGAAGGAAGGGUGGCUUUUGUUACCAACGUUCGUGAAUUGAACUCAAUAUCUACAGCAAAGAGUAGAGGUGAUCUCCCAAUUCGCUUUUUGCAGAGCAAGAAAAACACCAUGGAGUUUGCAGAAGAAAUUGCAAAGGAAGCAGAUGAAUACAAUGGAUUCAAUUUGAUAAUUGCUGAUCUUUUGUCCAUGAAUAUGGUUUAUGUAACCAAUAGGCUGAAAAGAGAUAAGUGCUAUGUGACUUCAGUUUCACCUGGGGUCCAUGUGCUAUCUAAUGCAAGUCUAGACACUCCAUGGCCUAAGGCUCAAAGAUUGGAACAUGGUUUUAAAGAUGUUUUGAAUGAAUAUGGUGAAGGUGAAAUUCCAAUUACUGAGUUGAUUGAUAAACUGAUGAGAAACACUGUAAAAGAUGACAUCAGCAUGCUUCCCGGGAUCUAUGGUCCAGAAUUUGAGUAUGAGUUGAGUUCUGUAUUUGUUAAUCCAGUAUCUCCAAAGGACUAUGGUACACGAAGUACUUCUGCAUUGGCUGUAAAAGCAAGUGGUGAAGUAUUGUUUUAUGAAAGGCAUCUUGAAAAUGGGUUAUGGAAAGAGAACACAGAAACAUACAUGAUUGAGAAAAUGAAGUGAGGGUUAAUGUGUGAAGAAAUAUAAGUAUGUUGCUGUUAUGGGUAAAGAUAUGUAAGUAGUAAGUGAGUUGUUAUGGGUAAAAAAAUAAAAAGUGUUGCUAUUUCCUGCAACUUGUCUUAUUAUUUUUUUUAAUCUUAUUUGGGAUGAAAGUUAA